AUGGCGCCGAUGCCCUGCUGGGCGCUGGCCUGGUUGCUCCUCUCCCUUUGUCUGCCUGGGGCGGAGCCUGUGGCCGUGAUGUCGGUGGACCUGGGUAGCGAAUCGAUGAAGAUCGCUAUCGUGAAACCUGGGGUGCCGAUGGAGAUCGUCCUAAACAAGGAGUCACGCAGGAAAACGCCGGUGGUCGUUUCCUUAAAGGAGAAUGAGCGACUCUUCGGUGAUAGUGCGCUGGGCAUGUCCAUAAGGACGCCCAAGGUGGCAUUCAGGUACUUCCAGGACCUGCUGGGUAAGCGUAUGGAUAACCCCCAUGUCGCUCUAUACCAGUCCCGAUUCCCAGAGCAUGAGCUGGUGAAGGAUGAGAAGAGGCAGACAGUUAUCUUCAAGCUGUCCCAAACAAUGCAGUAUUCUCCAGAGGAGAUGCUGGGGAUGGUUCUGAACUAUUCACGUAGUCUGGCUGAGGAGUUUGCGGAGCAGCCCAUCAAGGACGCAGUGAUCACUGUCCCUGCCUACUUCAACCAGGCGGAGCGGCGAGCGGUGCUGCAGGCGGCUCGCAUGGCCGACCUGAAGGUGCUGCAGCUGAUCAACGCCAACACAGCUGCAGCGCUCAACUACGGAGUCUUCCGGAGGAAGGACAUCAAUGCCACUGCGCAGAACAUCAUGUUCUACGACAUGGGAGCAGGGAGCACCAUUUGUACGAUUGUUACAUAUCAGACAGUGAAAACUAAGGACUUGGGGAUCCAACCUCAAUUGCAGAUCCAGGGCAUUGGGUUUGACCGCACGCUGGGGGGGUUGGAGAUGGAGCUUCGCCUGCGCGACUACUUGGCCAAGCUCUUUAACGAGCAGUACCCUGCGAAGGACAUCCGGAAGAACCCCCGGGCCAUGGCCAAGCUGCUGAAGGAGGCCAAUCGCCUGAAGACUGUCCUAAGUGCCAACGCUGACCACAUGGCACAGAUUGAGGGGCUACUGGAUGACAUCGACUUCAAGGCCAAGGUUUCAAGGCAGGAAUUUGAGGAUUUGUGCUCUGACUUGUUUCAGAGGGUACCAGGACCUGUGCAGCAGGCUCUGAGCAGUGCAGAGAUGAACCUGGAUGGAAUUGACCAGGUGAUUCUAGUUGGCGGUGCCACACGGGUCCCCAAAGUGCAGGAGGUUUUGCUGAAAGCUGUGGGCAAAGAAGAACUGGGCAAGAACAUCAAUGCCGAUGAGGCUGCUGCAAUGGGUGCAGUCUACCAGGCAGCUGCUCUGAGCAAAGCCUUUAAGGUGAAGCCUUUCGUUGUUCGGGAUGCUGCUGUGUUUCCUAUUCAGGUGGAGUUCACUCGUGAAGUAGAGGAAGAUGACAAAUCCAAGAGUUUAAAGCACAACAAGAGGAUUUUGUUCCAGCGCAUGUCAGCCUACCCGCAGCGCAAAGUCAUCACCUUCAACCGCUACACUGAUGACUUCAAGUUUUAUGUCACCUAUGGGGACCUGUCCUUCCUGAGCCAAGAUGACAUGAGGGUUUUUGGUUCUCUCAAUCUCACAACCGUGAGGCUAAAGGGAGUUGGGGACAGUUUCAGGAAGCACUCAGAUUACGAAUCCAAAGGUAUCAAAGCUCACUUCAACAUGGAUGAGAGUGGAGUACUGAGUCUUGACCGGGUGGAAUCUGUGUUUGAGACCUUGGUGGAAGACAAGCUGGAGGAGGAGUCAACUCUGACAAAACUUGGCAAUACCAUCUCAAGCCUUUUUGGGGGUGGUGGCCCUACACCAGAGAGUGGAGAGAACCUGACAGACUUGGUUCAGGAGGAAGAAGAGAGCCUAGCAGAAGCAGGUAAAGAAGAGCAGGGGGGAAAACAGGACCAGAAAAGCAGUGCAGAAGAUGCUGGUAAAGAGGAGGGAGAAGAGAAGCAGCAGACUCCUGGUGAGGGAGAAACUGCCCUUCCAAAAGCAGAGUCACAGAAGAAGGAAGGCAGCGAGAAAUUAGAGUCUCAGGAUCCCAAAGAGAAUAGAGGAACUGCCAAAGAGGAGGAAUCCUCCAAAGGUUCUGGAGACAACAUAGCUACCAAGACAGAGGAAGAAAGGAAGAUCAAAGCACCCAAGAAGCAGAAGCUUGUCCAUGAGAUUGCCAUGGAACUGGAUGUAAAUGAUGUGCCUGACCUGCUGGAGGAUGAUCUGAAGAGCUCAAUGAAAAAACUCCAAGACCUGACGAUCAGAGAUCUAGAGAAACAGGAAAGAGAAAAAUCUGCGAACAGCUUGGAGUCAUUCAUCUUUGAGACUCAGGACAAGCUUUACCAAGAGGAGUAUCAGUUUGUCUCCACAGAGGAGCAGAGAGAAGAAAUUUCCAAAAAGCUGAGUGAGGCCUCCAACUGGAUGGAGGAAGAGGGCUAUGCAGCCACAACUAAGGAGCUGAAAGACAAGCUUUCAGAGCUGAAAAAGCUUUGUAGGAACCUCUUCUUCCACGUUGAGGAAAGAAGAAAGUGGCCAGAGCGCCUGGCGGCCCUGGAGAGUCUGCUCAACCACUCCACCAUCUUCCUCAAGGGAGCCCGAAUGAUUCCAGAGUCUGACCAGAUAUUCACAGAGGUGGAACUGAGCACACUGGAAAAAGUCAUUAAUGAAACAAUGAUCUGGAAAAACGAGACACUGGAUGAACAGAACAAGCUCUCUCCUACUGAGAAACCUGUCCUCCUGUCCAAGGAUGUAGAGCUGAAGAUAGCAGCCCUAGACAGGGAAGUGCAAUAUCUUCUGAAUAAGGCCAAGUUUGCAAAACCCAAACCCAAAAAGAACACCACCACAAAACCUGAUUCAGGCAAGAAUGCUACAGCAGCCUCUGAGGCAGAGAGCACUAUCCCUCCCACGGAGGGGAGACAAGAAGACAAACCUGAGGAUAUUGGUCCAGCCAAGAAACCUCCUACAGCUGAGAAAGUAGCAAUAGAAGAUGAGCCCAGAUCAGACUCUGGGUCCAAAAAAGAGAAGACAGAAGCUGGAGAAGAAAGCAGGAAAAAUGAUGAAUUAUAACACCCCUGAAAGCCCACUAGUCUAAACAUCUAUUUAUUUCAUGAUUACUUUCUUGGUUUUGUAAUGGACCUGGUUAGUCAUGAUGUCAGUGGAACACAACAAACAGUCUGACAAGAAAUUGGGAUAGAGAUGUAAUUUUUUUUUUUUAUUUGGGGGACUUUUUGCCGCUACUAACUUAGUGAAUUGGAUUUUUUGUUUUUCUUACAUGUUUAAAGGUGGCAGUAUGCCCACUGAGACUUGUCUCUGUUUCAGUACAGAAGUCACCAAAGUGACUUUUUCCUGUGGAGGGAAAACAGUGAAGAAACAGCUUAAGCUUGAGGAAGUAACUUGGGACUGAAACCCUGUGCUACAGCUCCUCUGGUGGUGAGAAGGGAGACUAAUGGCAGGAGCUGUGUAGCUGAGCUGUGUCUUUGCAGAUGAGGCCCGGGCUUCCAGCUCGUGGGAGGGGAAGGUGUAACAGGAGUGGGGAGGCAGAUCUCUGUGCUGUGGGAUACGAAUGUGUCUGUUUGCCACAGACUGUUGUUACAAAACCCUCUCUGUCCAUGCUCUGUAGCAGAGUCUAAAUUCGAGUUGGGACUUGACAAAAAGAUAAAAAAUAAAAUGUUCAGAAAGGUGAAGGCCAAGCGGGGGAGGCUGGAAGCAGAAAGGUGUUAGGGUAUCUUGCAGUCAGCAUGGCAACCAGCGCAUGGUUAAGCAGAC